AUGAUUUUGCAUUUACGGGGAGAGAACUGUAUGUAAACAAUACAGUUCUCUCCCCUGUCAGCUCCUGUACACUGUUGAUGCAGAGACAUGCAAAGCUUACAGUUGAAAGCACACACACAGCAUAAAGUAAAACAGCACACAGAACACAGUUAACCCUUUGAUUGCCCCACAUGUUAACCCCUUCCUGCCCUGUGUCAUUAGUACAGUGUCAGUGCUUUUUAUUAGCACUGAUCACUGUAUUGGUGUUACUGGGGAUGUCAGUUACACCAAGUCAGUUCCCCCCAGUGUCAGAUUGCCCGCCGCAGUCCCAC